UCGCCGAUUUAUAUAGUUCCGCACCUUCCGACUAAUAUCUUUCCAAAAUCCGAACAUUCCUUUCGCGAGUAAAAACGAGUCAAACGCGCCGCAAGUGUCUCUCUGAAAUCCGCGCCCGCGAGUUCUCCGUCCUUGUCGCACAUCGGAAGUGGCCCGUGCACCGUUCUCGUUCUUCAUUUAUCAACAAACGUAAGCUUCGUCGUAUCGUCGAACAGUCAACGACUAACCUGUGCAAAGCAACUCCUGGACCCUGGUACACCGGCAGCUCUCAUGUCUUCGCGUAGAGGAUCGUCGAUGACGAUAAUCCAUCCAGGACCUAACCUCCAAAACGGCAUAUCCGCGAAUCUCUCUGGGAUCGCGCGCGAAACAGGCCAUCUUUAAAAGUCCUCCGCUAUAUAUACAGAUAUACACACGGCAGCGAGAUACCACGGCUCUAGUCAGCCGAGCGCCGGCAACACUGCCCUCCAACAUAUUCACGUACAUCUUCCACCAGUCGCAGUAGCGCGCGCGCGAGACUCCUCCGCUCGCUCACGCCGCCGACAUCCGCAAAAGUAACAGCAGCAGCCUAACGAGUCAUAUACACCUAUAUGUAUACAAUAUAUAUAUAGGUGUCACACAUAUACGUACUUUAAAGCUAGCGCGAGAGUGAGUGAGUGCGAGUGAUAUCUGUGGCGCGCGCGCGCGCGCGGUCUGUACGCACGCGAUCACACACUAUACACACCAGCAAAAGCUACGACGAAUCCUCGAGUCGGCCAGGCCUGGCAGUCGUCGGCGCGCGCCGUGGAGGAGCCUGCUCUCUCGCUCCUUCUUUUAUACACAUACAUACACACACACACACGCGCGCAACACAGCUCCGUUUUGCUCUCGCACUCGAUCGACUUGACGUCGUCCACCCGCCCGCCCCCGACGACGACAACCAAGACGUCGAGCAUCAGCGCACUGGUGCGAGCUACCUGCUGCACGUAAUCCCUGACGACGACGUCUGGCAACGGCUCUACAAUGGCGGCAGAGCUCGACCAAUUCCAGCAGCUCCUGAACACGCUCCUCAGCACGGACAACGAAGUCCGCACGCAAGCAGAGGAGACGUACAAAAAUUUACCAGUGGAGAGCAAAGUACAGUUGCUUCUCCGAUUCAUAUGUGAUAUCACAGUUGGAGAGGAGCUGCGUGGCAUGGCAGCAAUUUUACUCCGUAGACUUUUCUCUUCUGAAUUCAUGGACUUUUACCCAAAAAUUCCCCCAGAAGGACAAGCUCAAUUGAAAGAACAAGUCUUGGUUGCAGUUCAGAAUGAACCAUCAGCUAGAAUCAGACGUAGAAUAUGUGAAGUAGCUGCUGAAUUAGCUAGAAAUUUAAUUGACGAAGAUGGCAACAAUCAAUGGCCCGAAUUCCUUCAGUUCCUAUUCCAGUGUGCAAAUGGUCCAGUGCCAGCACUCAAAGAAAGUGCUCUUCGCAUGUUUACGUGUGUCCCAGGAGUUUUUGGCAAUCAGCAACCAAAUUACUUAGACUUAAUCAAGCAAAUGUUGCUACUUUCAGUCAAUGAUACUUCCAAUUAUGACGUUCAAUUCCAAGCUGUAAGAGCUGUCUGCGCUUUUAUCAUGCUUCACGACAAAGAAACCGCCAUUCAAAAGCAUUUUGCAGAACUUUUGCCCUCAGUAGUGUUAGUAACAGCUCAAUCCAUAGAGAAGCAAGAAGAAGAUUCUUUGCUAAAAGGCAUGAUCGACCUGGCCGAAUCAACACCGAAAUUCCUCAGACCACAAUUGGAACCGAUUAUGGAGAUGUGCACAAAAGUCUUCUCUAACGAGGAUAUGGAAGACUCUUGGAGGCAGCUCGCCCUCGAGGUUAUCGUGACGCUCGCUGAAACGGCGCCGGCUACGGUGCGCAAGGUCGGAGGAAAGUACAUCACUGCUUUAGUGCCAUUGAUUUUGAAGAUGAUGACAGAUCUAGAGGAAAAUGAAGAGUGGAGCUUCUCAGACGAAAUUAUUGAAGAAGACAACGACAGUAAUAACGUAGUGGCUGAAAGUGCUCUGGACAGAUUAGCAUGCGGUCUUGGCGGAAAAACUAUGCUGCCUUUGAUCGUUCAGAAUAUUCCGACCAUGUUGAGUAGCACCGAUUGGAAAUAUAGGCAUGCUGCGCUCAUGGCCAUAUCUGCUGUUGGUGAGGGGUGCCAUAAACAAAUGGAGGCUAUAUUACCACAAAUAAUGGAUGGAAUCAUGCAAUACCUGCAAGAUCCACAUCCCAGAGUCAGAUACGCGGCUUGCAAUGCUGUCGGUCAAAUGUCCACUGAUUUUGCGCCAACAUUCGAAAAGAAAUUCCACGAUGUUGUGAUUCCGGGACUGUUGCUUGUUUUGGAUGAUAAUGCAAACCCCCGAGUUCAGGCACACGCUGGAGCAGCUCUUGUCAAUUUCAGUGAAGAUUGUGCCAAGAGCAUUCUCAUGCCAUACUUGGAUGCUAUCAUGGGCAAACUCGAGUCCAUCCUGACCAAAAAAUUCCAGGAAUUAGUAGAGAAGGGCACAAAGCUCGUACUCGAGCAGGUCGUCACAACCAUUGCUAGCGUUGCUGACACGUGCGAGGAGCAGUUUGUGAAAUAUUACGACAGACUUAUGCCAUGCCUCAAGUAUAUCAUUACGAACGCAACUCAGCAAGAGCACAAGUUGUUGCGCGGCAAAACCAUCGAGUGCGUCAGUCUAAUUGGUUUAGCCGUGGGUACUGAAAAGUUCUUCGGAGAUGCGCAAGCAGUGAUGGAGUUGCUGCUCAAAUCGCACACAGCUCUGCCAGAAGACGAUCCACAGCUCAGUUAUAUGAUAUCUGCUUGGGCCCGACUUUGCAAAGUUCUUGGAAAGCAUUUCGAGCCAUACUUACCGUUAGUAAUGGGCACGGUCAUGCAGACCGCCGCCAUGAAGCCAGAAGUCGCGCUUCUGGACAACGAGGAUAUGCAGGAUGUAGAGAGUGACGUUGACUGGCAGUUCGUGUCGCUCGGAGAACAACAGAAUUUCGGAAUCAAGACGGCCGGUCUUGAGGACAAAGCUUCUGCCUGUGAAAUGUUAGUGUGCUACGCUAGAGAGCUGAAAGAAGGGUUCGCUGACUAUGCUGAAGACGUAGUGCGACUCAUGGUCCCCAUGCUGAAGUUCUACUUCCACGACGGUGUGCGGACGGCCGCGGCUGAGAGCUUGCCGUGUUUGUUAGAAUGUGCCAAAAUCAAAGGCCCACAGUAUUUGGAAGGUAUGUGGAACUACAUCUGCCCAGAUCUACUAAAAGCCAUAGAUACCGAACCAGAAGCUGAUGUAUUGUUGGAGUUAUUAUAUUCUUUGGCAAAAUGUAUCGAGACCUUGGGGGCUGGAUGUCUAAAUCCUCAGUCAAUGACAGAACUAUUGCGAAUCCUUGACAAACUUUUGAACGAACACUUUGAAAAGGCUGUUGCCCGAUCAGAGAAGAGGAAAGACGAAGAUUAUGACGAUGUCGUUGAAGAACAGCUCGCCGACGAAGACAACGAAGACCUUUACACACUGAGCAAGAUAGCCGACAUAUUCCACGCCCUCUUUAUCACUUACAAAUCUUCAUUUUUCCCAUACUUCGACCAGAUCGUUGGUCACUUUGCCAAGCUUCUCGCGCCUGACAGGCCGUGGUCGGAUCAUCAGUGGGCUCUGUGCGUCUUUGAUGACGUUAUCGAGUACGGUGGCCCAGAUUGCGCCAAAUAUCAAGAGUUCUUCCUGCGACCUAUGAUUCAAUACGUCGCGGAUAAAUCGGGCGAGGUCAGGCAAGCUGCUGCUUACGGCUGCGGAGUUCUCGGCCAGUACGGUGGUGAAGCAUUCGCACAGGCUUGCGCCGAAGCUCUACCAAGGCUAAUGGAGGUGAUCAACGACCCGGAAUCGAAAGCGUCGGAGAACCUCAACCCAACAGAGAAUGCUAUUUCGGCAGUGACGAAAAUACUUAAAUAUAAUAACAAAGCUAUCAACGUUGAUGAAAUUCUUCCACAUUGGUUGUCCUGGCUACCAGUCGUCGAAGAUGAAGAUGAAGCACCACACGUAUAUGGAUAUUUAUGCGAUUUGAUAGAAGCUAAUCACCCAAUAAUAUUAGGCCCGAAUAACGCGAAUUUACCCAGACUUAUCAGUUUCUUUGCCGAAGCAUUCAACAAAGACGUAAUAUCCUCCGACAAUCCUGUCCUGCCCAGGAUUCUUAGUAUCGUUAGGCAAAUUCAGAGCAACGAGUCCAUGUUUCAAGCGUGUAUAGCUGUCUUAUCUUCGGAACAACAGUUGGCAUUGCACGAAGCCCUCAGCGCGCAAUCCGGAAAUUAAUAAGAGCCUUCGCUAAGAAAAAUCUAUUGAUUUUUAACGUCAUAACUGAGAAAAAACUAAACAAAAAUAUCUGCAUUUUUCUGACGCUAAACCACGGGAAAAUCACUGAUGCAACGUAGGUAAAUAGAACCUACCUACCCGAAAAGCAAAUGAAAAGUAAGAGUUUUACGCCUCCCACAGCCUAACACUAGCAUACAGAGAAAAAACACAGGUGUAAUCGACUGUUUUGCUUAUUAUACUGUUAUUGUUGAUUAAAUAUUUUCCUCCACCGUGUGGCAAAAAAGGUUUUCUUCCGGAACCAACAGAUUUGUCGUAUACAAGCAGGAAAUCGUAAAUUCACUAUCUAUCGUCUCGUAAAUUACGCCAGUUUGUAACGGAAAUGAAUUCUUAUUCACUUUGAAUAAGUUCGCAAUGACGAAAUGACUAUUUUUGUAACUUGCGUUAUUAAAUAUUUAAUUCUCUGAAGAACCGUUAUUUUUUUUAGAAAAAUAGAAAGGAGGAAAAACAGAAGUAUGGAAUAGUUAAAUGCUUCUACAAGAUUUUUUAUAGACUCUCUUUGUGUGUUGCCCGCUACUGACUACUGAACAGAAGUUCUGAAAAAAAAACGAAAAUUGUGUAUAAGUUAUGGUACAUUUUUAUAGAUACAUUUUUGUUUUCACACGAGAAUCAUUGCUUGUUUUUUAACGAAGCUACAAUCCCACGACGUUUUUCGUCAAUGCGAGCUUAUCGAUUUCUCGUAUGAGUAUGAAAAAUACAAGUUAACUCGCAUAUUGGUCAGCUCGAUUGUAAUUGCCUUCGUGAAUGAAUUAAGUUGCGAGGAAGUAAAUAAAAUAGACUGGAAGCCACCAACUCAUUACCGUCGCUCUGACGGCAUGACAUUGUGAUUUAGAUAUUUUAUUAUUAAAUUUAGGUACAAUAAAUGUUAUUUAAUGAUAAUAACUAUAGA